AUGAUUAGUUAAUAAGAGAAAUAAAGAUUAUUGUAAGAAAAAAGAGAUAGGAUUGCUGCGUAAUUUUUAUUUAAAUGAUUUAAGUUAUAAACAGAAACUUGAAUAAUCUCAAUAGAUUUCUUCUAAUACCUAACCAUAAUAAGUGAUUUAAGUAUAAGAAAAUGUUCAAACCAAUUAAUCUCCUCAAAAAGAGUAGCCUCUUUAAAAUUAGACUAUAAUAACACAUCCAUAAUAGUCAGACUUAAUAAGUUUAUAUUUACAGACAAAGCGAAAAAAAUUAGGGUUUUAGACAAUAGAAAUGUAUUCAAAUAACCCUGCUCCUCCUUAAGCAGAAGUUAUAACAAUAGAAUUUGGUGUAUAAUGUGAAUUUGAGAUGCCAUAAUCAAAGUAAGAAAAUGAAGAUCAAAUAAUUCCAUCAAUGGAGAAUGUCAGAAGAGAUUCCAGAAAAAAAAGAGAAGUUUUUUAAAGUGCUGAAAAACCAGUAGAAAAAGUAGAAAAGAAUAUAUCUAUGGAAGAAAUCAAUUCCAUCAUACAAUCUUAAUCAUUUUAGAGGUUUUUUUCAAGAAGUUCAAAAACUAUAGAAAAAGCUAUUCAUGGAGCAGAAGUUGAUGUUCUUGAGGAUUUAAUGAACACAUAAUAAGUGGCUUAAGAAAUAGGUAAGGACAAUUUAACAAAAUUACUCUCAUUUAGUGACAAAUUAUAUACAGAAAAUAGAGUUGUAACAUCAAUAUAAUGGUCACCCAAUUUACCUAAUACAUUUUUAGCCUCUUAUUCUUAAAAUGAAGAAGGAUCUAUAACAGAUUAAGUGGGGGUUGUACUUUUAUGGUCAUUAUAAUUAAAAUCUAGACCUGAAUUUUAUUGUUUUGCAAGUAGUCCCAUAACAUCAGCCUGUUUUCAUCCAUUUAGUCCUAAUAUUGUUUUAGGAGGAUUGUAUAAUGGUUAAGUAGUUGUGUGGGAUUUAAGAGCAAAACAUACUCCUGAGAAGAGAUCAACUUUAAAUAGUGGUGGACAUAGUUAUCCUAUUUAUGGAUUAAAUAUUGUUGGAUCACAGAAUGCAAAUAAUGUAAUAUCUUCAUCAAAUGAUGGAAGAAUAUGUAUAUGGAAUUUAGCUUAAUUUAAUUAACCAUAAAAAAUUAUUGAUUUGAAAACUAAAAAUAAAUAGUAAUCAACUAAUCCUUAGGUUGAAGUAAAUUCAACUUGUAUGAUGUUUCCUUAAGGAGAUGCAAAUAAUUUCUAUGUUGGUGCUGAAGAUGGAUGCAUUUAUAAAUCUAAAUUACAUCAAAAUACAAAUGAAAAUAUUGUAAUUCCUUUUGAAGAACAUCUAGCUCCUGUUAGUGGAAUUUCUUUAAAUUCAUCACCAUAAGCUUCACCAAUAAUGUCAAAUUUACUUUUGAGCAGUUCAUUUGAUUGGACAUGUAAAUUAUGGAAUACUAGAACAUAAUCUGAUUCUAAAUGUCUUGCAACUUUUGAAUGUUCAGAAGAUUAUGUUUAUGAUAUAUAAUGGAAUGGAUAACAUCCUUCAUUAUUUUCAACUGUAGAUGGAGAAGGUUAUGUUGAUUUAUGGGAUUUGUCAUAUGAUUUAGAAGCUCCUAUUACAAGAUAUAAAUCUGGAAAUAAUUCUAUAAAUAAAUCCUAAUGGUCAAAAGAUGGGACCAAAUUAGCCAUUGGUGAUUCUUUUGGAGAAAUAUAAAUUUUAUAAUUAUCUUAAAAAGUUUAAUAUUGUUUAAUAUUUAUUUUUAGGCUUAAAAAAUUGAUCAUGAAAGAUUGGCUAAACUAGAGUAAUGGAUUAAAAGUGAUAAAUGA